ACCAGCGAGGUGUCCAGGUGCAUUCCUGUUGGAACACACCUGGGCAAAAUUCAGCUACAAAGUGCAUACGUCUGCACUUAUUUGCAAACAGCGUAUUUUGUCGUAAAAUAUAUAACAUUUAUGAAUACGCGCACUCACUGUGUAGACAAUUAAAGUACAUUUUUUGUUUUUGACUUUUUAAGAGUUGCUAAAUACUAGUUGUGUGUUUCUUAAGUGGAAUUUGUUUGACAUUUUAUGCACUAGUAAACUUUAAAUCGCGUGUAGCGUUCUUUGACAGGAAGUCGAGUAGAGUUUGACUGUUCCCCACGCGUCCAGUUGUUCACCCGUGUCAGUCCCCCACGUAAGUGAUGCCCGGGCCGUCGUGCGUCACCGCAGACACGCCCACCGGGCUUCCCUUCACUACAUUUCCGCAAAGUACUUUCUCCGCUGCUGCUUCACUCAGUUCGGCUUCUGAGGCUUUGGAACACACAGAAGUCUGUAAAAAUGAGUGAAAUCAAGCAGGACGCUGCGGCGACGAAUGGAAAUAUGGCGGAAGAAAAAGACUGGGCCGCGGCCAAAGCUGCUUUCGAGAACCUCAAAUCAAACAAACCGAGACCUCCCAAGCCCCAGUACGCCGUCACCAUCGCCGUGUCCUCGCGCGCCCUCUUCAACAUGGUGGCAGAGAGGAAGAUCUUCCAGGAAGAUGGAAUGGAGACGUACGUUGCCCACCAGCAGGAGCAUGAAAGCGAGCCUCUCAAGGAGGGCGUUGCCUUCCCCUUCGUCAAGGCGCUGAUGAACGUUAACGCUCGGCUGAGGAAGCUCUAUCCAGACAGCGAGGAGCUGUUUGACAUCGUCCUAAUGACCAACAAUCACGCCCAAGUUGGGGUGCGCCUCAUCAACAGCAUCAAUCACUACGAUCUGAGCAUAGAGCGUUUCUGCAUGACGGGAGGACAGAGUCCCAUCGGCUACCUCAAGGCCUACAUGACCAACCUUUACCUCUCCACAGACUCCGAGAAAGUCACGCGGGCCAUAGACGAAGGAAUCGCCGCCGCCACAAUGUUCACGCAGAGCACGGACACGGAGCUGAGCAGCACCCAGCUCCGCGUGGCGUUCGACGGCGACGCCGUCCUCUUCUCGGAUGAGUCGGAGGUCAUCGUCAAGCAGCACGGCCUGGACUCUUUCUUUGAGCACGAGAAGCAGUUUGAGAACAAACCUCUCGCUCAGGGACCCUUAAAGUGCUUCCUGGAAGCGCUGGGGAAGCUCCAGAGAAAGUUCUACGCCAAGAACGAGCGCUUGGACUGCCCCAUCAGAACCUACCUGGUGACGGCCCGCAGCGCUGCCAGCUCAGGGGCCCGGGUGCUCAAGACGCUUCGCAGCUGGGGCCUGGAGAUCGACGAGGCCCUGUUCCUUGCCGGGGCCCCUAAAGGGCCCCUGCUGCAAAAGAUCCGGCCGCACAUCUUCUUUGAUGACCAGAUGUUCCACAUCGAAGGGGCCAAGGAACUGGGGACCAUUUCAGCGCAUGUUCCCUAUGGGAUCGGACAGAAGUACCACAAGGGGAAGCUCAUCGAGCAGCCCCCAAAAAAAGAGUAGCUCAGAAUGGUAAAUACGCCCAUCAUGCACUACACCAUCAUGCAUAGGAGAAGAUUUGCUCAAAUAAUAUAUUUUACUUUGAAAGAUGCCUGUCAAAGUUCAGACAGAUUAGAAUUUUAUAAAGUUUUCUAUUACCUUUAGGCAACGCUAGGUGCUUUUCACUGUUUACACUGGGGUUUACAUGUACAUGUAUUGUAGUUCACACCUUUACCUUUUACGCAUUUAUUUGGUUGUGUAUCUUGACUUGACUAGUUACUAUAUAACUAUAUUUAGAUUUGUAUCACUCAGGCUAUUACAUUUUCUAGUUCUCAUGUAAUAUGUCAUAGUUAAAGGUUGUCACAUUCAGUGUCAUUGUUGCCGUCUUCAUUUUAUUAAUGAUAGACAGCAGGGCACAAAUUCAGAUUUUAUUAAAUUUGUCUACAUUUCUAAAA